AUGCAGGGACAGACGAUGUCCCAAGAGUCACAAGCUAUGUCCUCUGAACUGCUAGCUAAUCCCAAGGGGAACCCAACAGCCCAUAAAUCACCCGUGUAACUUCUAAGGAAGAGAGGUCAACAAGCGGUCCCCAAGAUGCAACCUGCUUUGAUAAUGUUCUUUAGCAAGUACUGGACUCAGCGAGGAAUAUCUUUGGAUUCAGCUAUGUUUGACCAGCAACACCUUGGAGCCUCCAUGCUCCAUAGGACAUCCUUUAAUCAGAUAGAAGAAAAACUUGACAAAGAGGAACAUAAAUCCACUCGUGAACUUGGGAAACAAGCAGUAUUUUCUCUGAAGAAUGAAGUGGGCUGUCUGGUCAAAGCCUUGAGGCUCUUUCAGAAAAACCAUGUGAAGAUUGAAUCUCGUUGAUCCAAGUGAGUUACCAAUGAGGUGGAGUAUGCAGAGUGCAGUUGCACAAAGAAUGAGUUUAAUGAGCUGGUGCAGUACCUGAAACAUCAUGUCAACGUUAUCUCAUAUAACACACUCCUAAACGUGUAGUCUGAAGAGACUGUGUGUUCUUGGUUUUGCAAUGAUGCUAUUGUUGUUUUGACUCUUUUUCUGGACUGUGUGUGCGUUUAGGAUGGGUUGCCCAAUGGGGAAGGAAUACCCUGAUUUCCCUAAAAGAUCUCUGUGCUGCACUAAUGCUUUCAUAGAGUGCAAAUGUAUGGUUCUGAACUGGAUGCUGACCAUCCUGCUGGCCCGUUGAGAGCCUAUGGAGCAGGUCUACUGUCUUCUAUUGGAGGUUAUGAAGCCCUUCUGCCCUUUCCAUAA